AUGGCGCCCGCCGCUCCAAAGUCGUCGACUAUGGGGUCCAAAGAUAAUUAUCAGCGCAUACAUCGCAUCACUAGAGAGAACCGCAGCCUAUGGUACCAGUUGGAAGUUCUCCAGCAACCUGAACGCGCUCGAGCAUGUGGUGCCGGCAUGAAGGCCAACAGCGACCGCCGCCCCGUGGAUCCUCCCCCCGUUGUUGAGCUUCGUAUUAUCGAGGGACCUUCGGUUGAAGAGGGCAAGGAUAUUACUUUCGAUUACAACGCCAACUUCUUUCUCUACGCCAGCCUUGAGCAAGCCCGCCCUAUGGCUCAUGGUCGAGUCCAAACUCCUGCCACCCUCAAUCCUCCCAUUCUCACCGGAGUUCCAGCCUCCGGCAUGGCAUAUCUCGAUAGACCACACGAGGCCGGCUACUUCAUUUUUCCUGAUCUGUCUGUCCGUCACGAAGGCUACUUCCGCCUCUCUUUUAGCCUGUUCGAGACGACCAAGGAAGAAAAAGACUUUGACCUUGAACCAGCAUCUGAUUUGCCCCCAGGCGUCGACUGGCGCAUGGAGAUCAAGACAAAUCCAUUCAAUGUCUUUAGCGCCAAGAAGUUCCCUGGCCUCAUGGAGAGCACCACACUCAGCAAGAUCGUUGCGGACCAAGGCUGCCGAGUCCGCAUCCGCCGCGAUGUUCGCAUGAGAAAGCGCGACGCCAAGCCUGCCUCUGCCAGCCAAGACGCCAGAGAGGAAGCCUAUCGGAAACCCGCUCGCCCUCCCACCAUCCCCAACCCCAAUCUCCGUGACAGAUCUCUCAGCCACUCGAGCGAGCGCCGCCCACAGUAUCCGAUCGAACCCGAGCGACGGCCUUCUGCUGCCGACUCUCACGCCUCUAACCCUCACCCGCCGGUUUACGAACGCCCUGUUCCCCCAGCACGGCAUCUUUCUUUUGGCAGCGACGCUCCGCUACAAGCUCACACACCUGCUCUUCUGCCACACACAAAUCAUCACCCAAUUGCGCCACGACCCCAUUCGAGCCACAUGCCGCCUUUGGCUGCGUCCCAGUACGCCAACAAUGCGUCAACUUAUCCCGAACCGGACCGUUCCUACAGCCAGUCCUCCACACCUCGACCGUGCCCGUCACCUGCGUUGUCCGGCAAGCCAGACGCCUACGAGCCAAGACCGAGUUUCAGCCAUGUCCCACCGUCGCCUUCCUCGUUCUCGUCCCACGAUCACCACUCGAGACGCAGCUCAUACGUUCCUCCUCACCCGCCUACGCCAUCAUACCACCCUCGUCGGCCUUUGCUUCCUCAACCGUCGCCCUCGCAUGCGCCGCUCAAGAUUUCUUCGCUCAUGUCCCCUCUCCCGCCCAUCGAAGCUCAGAUCGAAGCGCCGCCUCGCGUACCAAACAUUCCCACGGGUGGAAAGCGCAAACACGAAAUUGUCUUCCACCAAACUACGGACCCCUUGCACAAUGGCCAGCGCCAAGUCGAUAUGCAUUACAGGAGCAAUUCACGUCUCUAUGUUGAGCCUGAUCAAUGCAUGUAUUCGGGAGCUGACGGCGAGCCUAAUCCAUGCAUGUAUUCGAGAGCUGACGGCGAAAUCGGCUAUGUCCGAUUCAAUUCUUGCCAAUAG